UUGCCCCUCUCUCUCGGCAUUCCCCUCAGUCACCGCCUGUUCAAGGAAGGGUACGGACGUCAUCUUCGCCGCUCGUGCUAAAUGAACUCUUCGCUGUUUUUGUCAUCAAGUUAUAUGAAUCCUAUAAAAAAAAAAUCUUUAAGUGCUGACGAUCUAUAAACCAGCGAACUAUCCCUGUGAACUUGAAAGCAAUUUUAUAGACUGAGGAUAUCUAUAUAAAAAAAAAUCUUGAAGAUACGAGUUUUUAAAGGACCUUAUAGACAAGGAGGCUUCUAUAGAAACCUAUACAUAUACAUAGGAGUUUGGAAAAGACGUUAUAGACAAGAAGGAUAUGUAAGGUAACUCGUUGUGUCCUACGAAACACAAAAUGUUUGACUGGCUCGUAGUGACAUAGUGGACAAUCUACUUUUGAGUGGGUAAUUAACCUUGGCACUUACCAAGAGAACUAUUGGAUGCCCAGGCAAGAUGGCUGUUUCGGAGGGCAUCGAUGUUGCUUCCAACGAGAACCGCGCCAACGAUACAUCUGUAGCCAACGAAACGUGGCAGCGAAAAGAUGAAACGGAGUCUGUAGAGGAGAGACUGAGCAUGGGUGAAAACGACGUCAUCCUCAACCAGGACACAUCCAUAGUCUCAUCCGCCAACUCGUCUCACCCGUCUACUAAUCACUCUGACUCCUAUGGUCAAGUCGUCCUCAAUGAUACGACGACUCACGAACCCUGGGCACCGCCAGCUGCCCCAGUGACGACCCGGCUUCCUCCUCCUCCUCCUCCUCCCCCUCUUCCUUUCGCCGAAAUACAGACCACGCCGACCCCGAACUCUACCUCCAGUUCCCUCCUCCUCUCUAGUCUCGCUUCUUCCAGCAAGCCGCUCCUGGAAACCACAAUGCCAACUCUCAUACUGUCCGCCAUCACCAAAUCCAGUCAUCCAGAUCAGACGCAGGAGGCGAUGAAGGACUCGGAAGGUCCACCACCACGUUCCUCUAAUACCAUCCUUCAGCCUGCAAAUUCACCAGCAGCAGCAGCAGCAGAAGAGAUUAGACCAACAGAGAGCAGUCCUCCGUCAGAAGCUUCUUCGCAGAGCACAGCGAGAUCGGCUGUUCUAAUGGCACCUACAGCUCUUCCUCCUACUGCCCUAAAAAACACCACGGCUCCGGUCCUGACGACGAAGACGGGUAAGCCUCGCAAGAGGAAGCUCCAGAGCAGGGAUUCCGAGCCUGGCUGGGCAGCCGAGUCCCUCACGAGGCCCAUGGCCGCUCCUGACGUGUGCUCCAACGACCCGUGUGGAGCAGGCAUAGCCUGUCACCCUACCAACAUGACGUCUGAAGGCUUCACGUGUAUCUGCCCGGAUAAUAAGAAGAUCAGACCGGGAGAUAACUGCACUAUAGAAACUGUAAGUAUAGUGUCCAGUACAGCCGGUUGCUUUAUCGCGCCUGUACCCUAAAGUCUAUAAUGUAGG